AUGCAACAAAUACGUAAUGCCAUUCAAUUGGAUAGUUAUUUGUUAAAAGAAUCAGUUACUUCUACAGAUUUAUUGUUGAAUAAAGUUUCUUCUAAUAAAGCACCAUUAUUUAAUCAUUCCGGGUUUUUUUAUGAUAUGAAAGCAGAAAAUUUUGGCGCCGAGAAGGGUACACCGCCUGUAUGUCUUGUUUGUUAUAAAAGCACUCAUGUUAAAUCCGAUUGUCCUGAAUUGUCUCUCCCAAAGCUGAUUGAUUUGCCAUCAGUUAGUAAAAACUGGAUUAAUAUCAUUUCAAAUAUUUGUGGACGAGUUAUGGGUAUAUGUGUUGAUAUUCAUUUUAUAUUCUUCUUAAUUGUAUUUAUGUUUCCAGAUCAAUGUAAACUGAGCGAAGAAGAUAUUGAAAAGCGAGACAAAAUUUUAAACUAUUUACAAAAGGAAUUUGAAAAAUGCUAUCCGUUAUGUAGUGUUCAUGGAAGUGGAUCAGCUUAUAAUGGUUUUGGAUUUCGACAAAGUGAUCUGGAUGUUUGUGUUUUAUUAAAAGAUCAGACUGAAGAAUUGAAUAUUAUUAUUUUGGAAAAAUUAUUUCGAAUUAUCCAAUCAGAACCUCAAAAAUUCAGAGAUAUUGAAUUAGUACGUGAUGCUAGAGUUCCUAUUAUUCGAUGCAUAGACAAUCAAUUUAAUAUUGAAGUUGAUCUUAGUGUUAAUAAUGCUCUUGCGCUUGAAAAUACUCGAUUAUUAAAGACCUAUACAGAAAUUGAUUCUCGUGUGUCUCAAUUAGGAUAUAUGCUCAAACAUUUAGUUAAGAUAUGUGAUAUUGGCGAUGCAAGUAAAGGAACAUUAUCAAGCUAUGCAUAUAUUAAUAUGGUGAUACAUUUUCUUCAACAAAUUCAACCACCUGUUCUUCCGAUUCUUCAACAAUUAAAUGACGAUCCGUCGAAUAAGAAUGAUAUGAUUCGUCAAUGUAUGGAGUCGAAUGUAUAUUUCUAUGAUAAUUUACCUAAACUAGGAGAAGUUUGGGUAAAUAAAAAUGGACCGAAUACAUUGACAGCAGGUGAAUUAUGGAUUGAGUUUUUACGUUAUUAUACCGAACAGUUCGAUUAUGAAAAGAAUGUUGUCACUAUUCGACAAUUUGAGCCAUUAGAGCGUUACGAGAAAGGAUGGUUUAACAAAACAAUUGCUAUCGAAGAUCCUUUUAAUUUAACGCAUAAUUUAGCGGAUAAAUUAUCUCAAAAGAAUUGGACACUUAUUCGCCUUGUUUUUAUCCAAGCUCGACAACGAUUUGGUACAGAAUGCAAAGAUCGUGUUAUACAAGAUUCUGAUAUCGACUGGAUUCAGGAUUAUCUUUUCGAUCGAAACGUUUUACUCUUGGAAAAUCCAAGAAAAUUAGAUAAAACCAAUAGACAAACAGCUGAACCACUUCAAUCUCUAAUGGGAAUUCGUGUUGAUCCAAAAUAUUAUCAAUCCUAA